GGAGGCUGUGUCUAGUGCAGAAGGAAGUCAACAAAAGAAUACCCAAACCAUCAAAACACAAGGUUGCAGGCUGCUCGCGCGCUUGGUGACCUGGACACCCUGUUCCAACACACCACUGACUGCACAGACGCCUUCUCCUGACUCAUGGCGCCAUCUAAUGGAGGCAGGAGGGCACCCUCGUGUGGUGACAUGAGGCUGGUGCUGCUGGGAGCGCCGGGAUCAGGCAAGACUACGACGGCCAACGCCAUCCUGGGCACAGACGCCUUCCUGGAACACAUCACCAAGGAGAGCUCCAUGGAAACAAGGAACGUCGGGGGCAGGAAGGUGUCUUUGAUCGACACUCCGACGUCACUGAUGGUGGACAGGGGUGACCCAGGAACUAGCAGAGAGGAACUGGACAGAUGCCUAGCCUUGUGUGUACCAGGUCCUCACGCCUUCCUCCUGGUGGUUCCCCUGCUUCAUGGAAAGCCAGAGACGGAGUCCAAUCCGGAGUCGGGGCGUCUCUCCACCAUCUCCACCGGAAUUGACUGGAUCCUUCGGAACCUGGGCCAGUCGGGUCUCCAGGCAACCGUGCUGCUGUUUACGGGCAGGGAGAAGCUGACGCGGCGGAGCUGGGAGCACUUCCUGUCUCGGCAGGAAGUAAAGGGUCUGAUUGGACGGUGCGGCGGAGGGUACAGUGCGCUUAAUAGCAAGGCUGAGGUGCAGUGCGUCCAGAUCGCGGAGCUGCUGGACAAAGUGGAGGACCUGGUAGAGGAGAGUGGAGGACAGAUCUGUCGCUCUGACAAGUUCUUGCAGCAGGGUAGCAACACGGAGGUUAGAAUGGGAGCACAGGACAAGGGUGGAGGGAGACAGAACAACAACAUGACAAGCAUGGAUGUUAGGGCGUUGGGACAGCAUGACAAAGAUGGUAGCAUGGAUAUUAGAGCGUUCCCUGUUGGGGAGGAGGUGACGCCAGCAGAGUCAGAGGCGGCGAGAAAGGAAGGCGUGGACAAAUGGGGGGACAUGAGGAGAGAGAUGGAGAUGCGGAAACAGCAGAGGGAGGAGGAGAAGAAGAGGAGGCAGGAGGAGGAGGAAGAGAGGAGGAAACGGGAGGAGGAGGAGAGGAGGCGUAAGGAGCUGAUGGAGCUCAGGCACAGGCAAGAAAGACAGGAGCGGGAGGAGAGGCAAAGAGUGGAGAGGGAGAGGAGGCGUCUGGAGGAGGAGAAGAAAAGACAGGAGGAGGAGAGGAGCAGGCUGGCUGAUGAGGAGAGGAGGCAGCAGGAGGUGCGGCAGAAGCUGGAGGAGCAACACAAACAGCAGGAGGAGGUGACCAGGAGACUACAGGAGGAGCAGAGAAGACAGGAGGAGGAAUUCAAGAGGCUGCUGGAGGAGAGGAAGCGGAGGGAGGUGGAGGAGCUGAGAGAGGAGAACAGGCAGCUGAGGAGGCAGGUGGAGAUGGGGAAAGGCAUGGAGGUGGAGAGGGGGAGGGGGAAAGGAGGGCAGGCGGAAGGAGGUGGCUGGAAUAUGGAAAAGAUGGCUGGAAUAGCAGGAGCGUUUUUGGGUCCUUUCAUCUUCCGACGCUGAGAUUGUGGGUGGAAUAUGGAGAGGAUGGCUGGACUGGCUAGCUCCUUUCUUCAGACGCUGAGAUUGUAGACCAGCACAAUGUUCAGAGAAUCAGUGUUUUAUUUUAUUCUAUGCUCUAAGACACUUUGAGUAAAAACAUGUUCAGGGGAACAUGGGAGGUGUGUGAGUUAUGGAGAGGAUGGCUGGAAUAGCAGGGUUAGCUGCAUUCUGAUUCAACACUAACUGGAGGAGUGCCAGAAACCAUGGAAGGAUGUGCAUAAGGGGAGGUGCAUGGGAGGGGAGGAGGGUAGUGGUUAGAGGGGAGGUGAAUGGAGGUGGA